AUGACGUCCUCUAUAUCUCCAAUUCUUGAGCCCCAUCUUGGUGAGCAGGGAAAUCCACGGCGGAUUUCUCGAAACGAUGCAGCCACGGGUGCAUCUGCUGCGGGUGUUCGGGCUCUUAGUGCGCAGAUGGCCUUUGCAAGAGCUGUGAAUCCUCGUGUUGCCGAAGGCAAAUGGUCUCUUCAUACGACAACCCCGGGGUUGUUGCUCCAUGCUGUACGGACAUAUGGCUGGCGCUUUAUCCCCAAUCAAGUCCUACCACCUUUGAUGGCAAAUGCAGGGGUUGGCGCGGUCCUCUACACGUCUUAUCUCCAGGUUUUGGGGGCUCUGCACGAACCUGUGUCUCAGGGGGUCAAGCGAGUCUGGCCCCCAGCUCCUCCCUUGGCAACAUUUGCUUCUGGGUUUACCGCUGGGACCAUCCAAUCGAUUGUUGCUGCCCCUCUAGAUGCCUUGCAGGUUCGCUUACAGACGAAUGAUAUGCUAAAGGGCCAGUAUCGAAGCAUGUGGCAUUAUGGCCAUCAUAAGCUCAAACAAAUCGGCCCGCGCGGGGUAUUUGCAGGCUGGAGUCUUUCAUUUCUGCGAGAUUCCCUUGGAUAUGCCAUAUUCUUCUCCUCGUUUGAGUAUAUCAAGUCACAAUCCUACUAUUCUUUCGUUACUUGGUACUACGGGUCUCUACGAUCUGAGCAUGUGGACAUGUUUCCAUCGUCAGGGUCCAGCGACCGUGGAGUGCCACUCAUCAAACCCCACUAUUCCCUGGAGCCUUGCUUCCUAAUGAUGGCGGGUGUUGUGGCAUCGAUUGCCCAGCAAGCUAUACAACACCCUCUAAGCAGGAUCCAAGACCUUCAUCUAGGUCGACUGGAGUAUUUAGAUCACCACGCCAGCCUCAUCCCCUCGCGGCAAAAAAUGAUGCAACUCUACUACCACGCCUACCAAGAGACCUUCAAAAGGUGUGAGCGAAAGGCCAAGCGGGCUGGGGGCUGGCGCCCCUGGCUGUUCCGUGGCUUUGUUGGGAGCUCGAUUCGCCAAGUUCCUAGCACCAGUGCUGGUCUUGUGAUUUUUGAGUUGGUCCGCCGACGUGAAAAAGGCAGCCGACGAUCUUCCCGCUCGUCUGCUCGCUCGGUCGAGUCUGGCUUCUCUAUCUGGCCAGAUACCGGCGACCUCGCCGAGCAGUUUGCCGAGGAUCCGCUCCAGGAUCACUUUCGCAAAUCCUUGGACCACGAAAACGAACGGUCUGGAAUCGACAUCGAGAAAAUACGAAUACCAACUCCUCCUCCGCGGCAUAUUUCAAGAGCUGAACGUGUGCUGGCAACAAUAAUGUCACCCAGAAGUGGGCAAAACGCCCAAAUACAUGGCUUAGUCGGUAAACCACUACUUUAUUUUACCAGUGUGUUUGUCUCUCUGGGUGUAUUCCUUUUUGGGUAUGACCAGGGUGUGAUGUCUGGAAUCAUAACUGGCUGGUACUUCAAAGACUACUUCGACCAGCCCUCUCGGGCUACCAUUGGUACUGUAGUUGCAGUCCUUGAAGUUGGCGCCUUUAUAUCAUCUCUACUUGUGGGACGAGUCGGUGAUAUGAUUGGUCGUCGAAGGACCAUUCUCUAUGGCUCCAUUGUGUUUUUUGUUGGUGGUGCUUUCCAGACAUUUGCAACAGGCAUCCCAAUGAUGAUGGUUGGUCGUGUUAUUGCUGGUCUCGGCGUUGGUGCCCUUUCUACUAUUGUACCAGUCUAUCAGUCUGAAAUUUCGCCUCCUCACAACCGUGGCAAACUUGCUUGCAUUGAAUUCACCGGAAAUAUAGCUGGAUAUGCAACCAGCGUGUGGGUGGAUUACUUUUGUAGCUUUAUUGACAACGACUACUCCUGGCGCCUCCCGCUGCUUUUCCAGUGCAUCAUGGGUGCUUUACUUGGCUUCGGUAGCUUGAUCAUCUGUGAAUCACCUAGGUGGCUUCUCGACAAUGACCAUGACGAAGAGGGCAUGGUGGUGAUUGCUAAUCUCUAUGGCGAAGGCGACCUACUUAGUGACAAGGCACGCCAAGAGUAUCGUGAGAUCAAGAUGAAUGUCCUUGUCCAGCGACAGGAAGGCGAGCGAUCCUAUUCUGAUAUGUUUCAUCGGUAUCGCAAGCGUGUUUUGAUCGCAAUGUCUGCUCAAGCGCUUGCCCAGCUCAAUGGAAUCAACGUCAUCUCAUACUAUGCACCUCUCGUGUUUGAAUCGGCUGGCUGGGCGGGGCGAGAUGCAAUCCUCAUGACUGGAAUCAAUGGUAUUUCAUAUCUGUUGUCUACUGUACCGCCAUGGUAUCUUGUGGAUGGUUGGGGUCGGCGACCCAUUCUUCUUUCAGGUGCCGUGGCCAUGAUCAUUUCCCUGUCUCUGAUCUCUUAUUUCAUUUACAUUGAGAUCCCUGCAACUCCAACCCUCACAGUCAUAUUCGUCAUGGUCUACAAUGCAGCAUUUGGAGCAUCCUGGGGCCCAAUUCCAUGGCUAUACCCACCCGAGAUUCUGCCUUUGAGCAUUCGUGCCAAGGGUGCAAGCUUGAGCACUGCUUCAAAUUGGGCAUUCAAUUGGCUUGUGGGUGAAGUCACCCCGGUCCUUCAGGCUGCUAUAAAGUGGCGGCUCUACUUGGUCCACGCAUUCUUUUGCGCAUGCAGUUUUGUGCUAGUCUACUUCCUGUAUCCCGAAACGAGUGGGGUUCGCCUAGAAGAUAUGAAUAUCUUAUUUGGCGACGCUUCUACUGCCAUGCCUACACCCGCCACGCAAGGUGAACGAGGGUCGCUGAUGGGUGCUGGAUCACCCGUUCCCUCGCUUGACCUACGCCGACAGUAUGGCCAAGUUAGCACAGAAAAUGCCAUUCCUGGUUUAGACAUUGACCCGCCGACACUGAACCAGGAAGGCCCCAGCAAGCGUGGGCGCUCAAACUCGCGGCAGAGCAAUGCUCGAGAUGAGGGCAUUGGUGGCUGGAUCUCGAGCAUGGUCAACCGAAACCGUGGAUCAGGCCCUGGAGCUAGCAGCAGUCAGUAUCGGCGCCUAGAGCAAGGAGAGGGAGAUGAGCAAUGA